AUGGAUCCUUUGUCGGUUUUGCGUGAAUACACCAUGCGAAACGAGCUGGAUAGGGUUACCAUUGUCGGCGAUGACUGUUGUUUCGGCAAUGAGUACCGUUUCCCUCGCGCCGUCGAAACGGCAUACCGGCGGCGCGGCGGUGACCGUUACAACCUGGAGUCGCUGCUGCUGUUCGUGCAGUGCAAGGCGGUCAAGCACACGGAGUAUAUGCAGCGAGCGCGCGCGCAAACCCUGCAGAUCGUCACCUUCACGGAUCGCAAGCCGCUCCUGGUGUGCCUGCCUCGUCCUUCCCUUCUCUCCCUCGCGGAGUAUCUAGAAGGCCAUCUGCAGACCACGGACGCCAUCGAUCUCAUCGCGCCUAUCGGCCUUCCCCCCUCCGCUCCGCCUUCCGCCGCGCCCCCCGCGUCCAUCCCCUCUUCCGGAGCCGCCACGUCAGCAGCUCCCGGUGGUUUAGGGCAAGGCGCGCAUGGCUCCACGUCAGCAGCGGUAGAUGGUGCCACGGGGCCAGGAGGUUUGGGAGCAGCCGAGGCUGGGGAUCAGGCUCGGAAGAGGAGCAGAUGGGAUACGGACAAAAGGGCCAGCGGGGCUGGGGGAGACGCGGGAGCAGCAGGCGCAGACGGCGGGGGAGCGGGGGGAUAUGACGUGUACGGCAAGAGGCAGAGGGGAGAAGGAUCGCAGGCAGGCCUAGGCACGGGAAGAGGCAUAGCCUAUCACUCAGAAGCUGUCCCUGGGAUGGCCGCUGCAGGACUGACUGUAGGAGGGCUGGGACUGGGAGGCGGGGGGAUGAGCGAGGAGGAGGAGAGGGAGGCGAUCAGAGAGCUGAUCAAGCGAGAGAGGCCGGUGAGGGACCGGGAGACGGUGCUGCUGUGCCCUCGCAAGAAGGACGCGUUUGCGUCGGUGCUGGCCAUGCUGAACCGCCGCGAGCACGAGCGGAAGAAGCUGGACGUGGCGCAUAGGGAGGCCUCCAAACGCGGCCACCCGCCCGCCCCCUCCUCCGCCCGCCCCUCCAGGGACGCGCGGGGAGGAGGCGCGGGCGCUGGUGCUGCUGGUGGCGGGGGCGGGGGAGGGGGAGGGGGGCGGCAGGACGAGAGGCAGGUGUGGCGGGACUACAUGGGGACUGAUGCACUGGAGGAGCUGGGAAUCAACCCCACCCAGUCCUCGUACGUUCAGCCCGGCAGAGGGGGAAGUGGUGGUGCUGCUGGUAGCGGUGCUGCUGGUGGUGGUGGCAGUGGGUCAGGUGCUCUAGUUGUCGCCUCCCAGGGGAAGCCAGAGGGGCAGCACAGCCGAUCUCAGCCGUCCAACCCGCCUCCAUCCUCCCGCCACGCGCGCCCUCAUGGCAACCCGGCCCACCAAUCCCAACACAAACAGCACGGCAGCUCUGGCGGCGGCAGCGGCAGUGGCAGCGCAGCAGCAGCGGCAGCAGGGAGCCUGGUGCCGAUCAUCCUAGUGCCCAGCGCAGCUCAGACGCUGAUAAACAUUUUCAACGUGAAAGAUUUUCUCGAGGACGGAGCGUACGUGCCUGCGGAGGAGAAGGCGAAAGCAGCGGGGGGGAAGCGGCCCGAGAUGGUGGCGGUGCAGCGGCGGAUGGGGCGGGACAAGGCGGUGGUAUACCACGUGAGGGACCGGCCCGAGGGGCUGUCGAAACGGGACUGGGACCGGGUAGCAGCGGUGUUUGUGCUGGGCAAGGAGUGGCAGUUCAAGGGGUGGCCCUUCAAGGAGUCUAUGCUCAAGGCACCUCAAACACAUGCAUGGCUUGACUUGCCCCCAUGUCCCCCAUGCAUGGCUUGCCCCCAUGUCCCCCAUGCAUGGCUUGCCCCCAUGUCCCCCAUGCAUGGCUUGCCCCCAUGUCCCCCAUGCAUGGCUUGCCCCCAUGUCCCCCAUGCAUGGCUUGCCCCCAUGUCCCCCAUGCAUGGCUUGCCCCCAUGUCCCCCAUGCAUGGCCUGCCUCCAUGACUGGGACCGAGUGGCAGCGGUGUUUGUGCUGGGCAAGGAGUGGCAGUUCAAGGGGUGGCCCUUCAAGGACCAUGUCGACAUCCUCUCCAAAGUGAUGGGGGUGUUUGUGCGCUUUGAGGACGACAGUGUGGAGUCAGCAGCCACAGUGAAGAAUUGGAACUGCAGCAUCCUCGCUCACACCUCUCUUUCUCUGCACAUACUCUGCUCCUUACCCUCCUCCUUUCCCCCCACUCCACCCCACCCCAAUCUCCCCUCUCUCCUCCACUCCUCUCCACCCCUCCACACCUCCCAGAUUAGCAAGUACAAGCGGCAUCAGGAUCGCACAGCAGCGCUCACCUUCUGGGACAGGCUCGACAAGUUUCUGGCCGCCCGCAAGUCCGUGCUCGCCUACUAG